AUGGGCUAUUCAUAUGAUUUAGUAAAAAUAGAUCCUCAAGAAAGUAUAGGAACUGAAAUUUCCUAUUCUUCAUCCGCUCAAGAAAUUACAAAUUUGGGGUACGUUAAUAAAAAAAACGAAACCCUAAUUAAUGCUCUUGUUAAAAAAAGAAACAACAUUGGACUUGAGGCAGAUAAGGCACUUUCAAAGUUGAUUCCAUUAGCCAAAGAUACUAUUGAUGUUCCAGAUUCAGAUGGAAAUACGGCAUUUAUAAAUGCUGUUAAAGGAGAACUCUUUGACAUUGCCCGAUAUUUAGAACAUCAUGGUGCAAAGAGAGCAGUGUCAUCUUCAAAUAACACAAUUGUUAGUGAUAGCGACGGUGAAUAUAAUGAUAAUAACGAUAAUAAUGACAAUAAUGCCAAUAAUGAUAAAUACCAAGAUUUACAAAAGCCAAAACGACCGUCAAUAUUUGCAAAACAAACCACCAAAUCAAACAAUAGUGAAAUAAACGAUAUACAUAGUAUUGUUAAGGCAUUUGUAACCAAAGAAAAUACUAACACAACAGAUGGUAAUAGUAUUGUUAAAACAGAUCUUGGGUACAAUAAUAAUAAUAACAAAAAUAUAAACAAUUUAACCAACUCUGAUUAUUUUGUUCAAAAUCUUGCAAAAGAAAUGGUGGGCGACAAAUCUAACCAAGAAUUAAGAAGACAGGUUGGUGGUGCAAAAAAAAUAAACAAUAAAACAUCGACAAAAGUUGUCGGAAAGAGAAAAAUGGUGGGAUUUUCGGAGCUUAGUGAUAAAUACGAUACGAAUGAGGGAAUCAAUAGCAAUGAAAUGAAAAAGAUAUCGAGGGCAACAAUAAACCAGAAAAACAAGUUUCAUGAAGAGGCUGUCGAAAAAAUCUCGGCACAUCUGUCAAAAAAAGACCCAAUGACUGCAAAGGCUGUUAAGGCAAUAAUUUAUGAAGAAAUUAAAAACACCAAUAAAGAGGCAAGCGGGCUUGAUCGAGCAGCGAUUUUGUUAAAAGCAAUUACCAAAGAUAAAGUCAACGAGGUUCUAAAACAAAAAGACACAAUUAAAAAAAUAGUCGACUAUCUUGAACAAAAAAAUAAAGGAUCCAAUAAAAAUCCUGUAAUUAAUAAAAAAAACAAAAGUGAUUUUGAAUCAUCAGUUGUAGAAACAUCCGAUAACAGUUCUUUUAGUUGA